CGUCAUUUCAUCACUUACCCACCCUUCUUCCCCCGUUCUGUCCAAGCUUCACGCCAGAAUGAAGAUUUCUGAGGUUCUCCUUCCCGUCACCCUGCUCCUGGGCAGCGCUCUGGCUGUGGACAUGAGCAAAUACCAAGCGGAAGCGGAGGUCGAUGCCUCGUUCAAGCCGUUCCUUGAAGCCCUGUACGCAUCCGCAGAGGACUACAAGUCCACUGACACUUUCACGGACUUCUUCGUCCCAGAGUCGGGCCGUCUCAUCGUGCUCGAGAACAAUGCGGAGGGACCCGCCGCCAUCGUCAAGCUCAAGCAGGCCCUGCUCCCGACAACGGGCCAGAAGCACUGGAACCACCUGCCCAACGUCACGUCGGUGUACACCGAGACGGCCACCCAGAAGACGUACGACGUGCUUGGUCUCAUCCAGACCAGGUUCGACGGCGGCAACUGCUCUGCGGCAUACUAUUCUAGCCGUUUCACUGUUCUCAAGGACAGCAAGGGCAACGUCCGCAACCAGCCUCACAGCGGCAGCCUUGUGGCGUACGAUGACUACAUCGUGAGCCCCGCCGAGUCGCCGACUCACAUCCCUUGCUGAUUCGAGGUUGCCGGUUUCACAUGAGUAUGUUUGGGUGCAUACGCAGGGCAAACAAAGGAUCUGUUCGAUAGUCUGCCAGCAUCGC